AUGACAUGUGGUGCACAGCUGUGCUGCAUGCAGGUGGCUCAAAAGAACCUGCAUCCAGGUAUAAAUCUGUCAUCAAAAGGCUUGGAUUUUCAGCUGACAGGCCCCGAGGAAGCAGGCAGUGGCCGCUAUGGACCCCAUUAUAUCACUGACAUGGGAGCCAGUGAGGACGAUGAGGGAUUUGAAGACGACUUAGAUUUGGAUAUUUCCUUUGAGGAGAUUAAACCACUUCCUGUUACCAAAGGAGGGAAUAAGAAGAUGACAUCUAUGCCUCACUCAAAGACUGUUUCCAGACUUGUCCCCCCUACCUCAGCAUCUCUCCCUACAACUGCGGUGGCUCCCACCCCGGUCCCGGUAGAGAAGAAGGGGAAGAAUGGUGUGGCCAUGAUAUCAAGGCUCUUUGACUUGUCUUGUGAUGAAACCCUCUGCUCUGCUGACAGCUUCUGUAUCAACGACUACACCUGGGGGGGCUCGCGAUGCCAUUGCAACCUGGGCAAAGGUGGCGAGAGCUGCUCAGAAGAUAUUGUUAUACAGUACCCUCAGUUCUUUGGACACUCCUAUGUAACCUUUGAACCUCUGAAGAACGCCUAUCAGUCAUUUCAAAUUACUCUUGAAUUUAGGGCAGAGGCGGAGGAUGGCUUACUGCUCUACUGCGGGGAGAACGAACACGGGAGGGGUGACUUCAUGUCCCUGGCUAUCAUCCGGCGCUCUCUCCAGUUCAGGUUUAAUUGUGGAACUGGGGUUGCCAUAAUCAUAAGUGAGACCAAAAUCAAAUUGGGGGGCUGGCACACAGUUAUGCUUUACAGAGAUGGGCUGAACGGGCUGCUACAGCUGAACAACGGCACCCCAGUGACAGGCCAGUCACAGGGUCAGUACAGUAAAAUUACCUUCCGGACGCCUCUCUAUCUUGGUGGGGCUCCCAGCGCUUACUGGUUGGUCAGAGCAACAGGAACAAAUCGAGGCUUUCAAGGCUGUGUGCAGUUGCUUGCUAUUAAUGGGAAGAGAAUCGACAUGAGGCCCUGGCCACUGGGAAAAGCACUCAGCGGGGCUGAUGUAGGGGAAUGCAGCAGUGGGAUCUGUGACGAGGCCUCAUGCAUCAACGGCGGCACCUGCACAGCAAGCAAAGCCGACUCCUACAUUUGCCUCUGUCCCCUUGGGUUUAAAGGGCGACACUGUGAAGACGCCUUCACCUUGACAAUUCCCCAAUUCAGAGAGUCUCUGAGAUCCUACGCCACAACGCCCUGGCCACUGGAGCCCCAGCAUUACCUUUCCUUCAUGGAGUUUGAGAUCACCUUUCGGCCAGACUCGGGAGAUGGUGUCCUCCUAUACAGCUAUGACACAGGCAGCAAAGACUUCCUGUCCAUCAUCAUGGCAGGGGGCCACGUGGAGUUCCGCUUUGACUGUGGCUCUGGGACUGGCAUUCUCAGGAGUGAAGAUUCCCUGACCCUGGGCCACUGGCAUGAGCUGCAUGUAUCUCGCACUGCGAAGAACGGUAUCCUACAGGUGGAUAAGCAGAAGGUAGUAGAAGGAAUGGCAGAGGGAGGCUUCACACAGGUCAAGUGCAACACGGACAUUUUUAUUGGUGGAGUCCCCAAUUACGAUGACGUGAAGAAGAACUCAGGCGUCGUCAGGCCGUUUAGUGGGAGCAUCCAGAAGAUCAUCUUGAAUGACCGAACCAUCCAUGUGAAACAUGACUUCACGUCUGGCGUGAACGUGGAGAACGCCGCCCACCCCUGCGUCGGGGCCCCCUGCGCCCAUGGGGGCAGCUGCCGGCCCAGGAAGGAGGGCUAUGAGUGUGACUGUCCCUUGGGCUUCGAGGGGCUGCACUGCCAGAAAGCAAUCACAGAAGCCAUUGAGAUCCCGCAGUUUAUCGGCCGCAGUUACCUGAUCUAUGACAAUCCAGAUAUCCUCAAGAGGGUGUCAGGGUCAAGAUCAAAUGUGUUCAUGAGGUUUAAGACGACUGCUAAGGAUGGCCUGUUGAUGUGGAGGGGAGACAGCCCCAUGAGAUCCAACAGUGAUUUCGUUUCUCUGGGCCUUCGGGAUGGAGCUCUUGUGUUCAGCUAUAACCUGGGCAGUGGUAUGGCAUCCAUCAUGGUGAACGGCUCCUUCAACGAUGGUCGGUGGCACCGAGUCAAGGCUGUUAGGGAUGGUCAGUCAGGGAAGAUAACUGUCGAUGACUACGGAGCCAGAACGGGCAGGUCCCCCGGCAUGAUGCGGCAGCUGAAUAUCAAUGGGGCUCUGUAUGUAGGUGGCAUGAAGGAAAUUGCUCUGCACACUAACAGACAAUACAUGAGAGGCCUCGUGGGCUGCAUCUCACAUUUCACUCUGUCCACCGAUUACCACAUUUCCCUCGUGGAAGAUGCUGUGGAUGGGAAAAACAUCAAUACUUGUGGAGCCAAGUAACACCAGCUGGCCUUGCCCAAGGGACAGAGCCUUCUAGCCUGAGAAUCCUGGGGGCCCUGAGACCCUGCCUGAUGCUGUACACAGAGGCCUGGGGACCAGGUGUGUUUCCUCUCAUCAAGGAGAAGUGCACCCAGAUGAGAAACUGAGAACCAAGACAGGAGUCCCCAGAUAGCUGUUCCUGCUGACACUCUGUGGGCCAAACCCAACGGAAUACUCUGUGUAGGAAGCAUCGGACUUUGUGCAUCCACUGAAUGUGUAGUGGCUGCCAGAGAUCGCUCAUCAAUGCAAGUUCCAGAGCCUGUCUGCUGUAGCUCAAUGACUGUGUUGUGAUUCAUAGUGCAUUAAAAAGCGAACAUGAGGGAGACCCACAGAGCAGUAUUAAAAUACUUCUCUCCUUCCCUGACUCAUGGUACUCUUACUGACAGCAGAAUGACUGUGUGACCUUGAACUUCAAGUUUCCCACCUUUGCUCAUGGAUUGUUCGGAUUAACUCCUUCCACUCCUCACUGUCUGGCUCAACAUGCUCUGACUAUUCCAUGAAAAUAAAGAUGGGGGAGACUAAACCUAGACUCAUAAUCAUAAUAUGGCCACCCCCCAAUAUUUACCUAUAAGGGGAAAUUCCUACUUUUUAUAAUGCAGAUCUAAGAGAAUGGGCCCCAUGAUUUUGUAGCUGUACUUUUGUAUGUGUAUAUUUUUAUAGCUGUCGACUGUCCACACAAUAUACUUUUGGAAGUUUGGGUGGACGACUCUGAAUUCUUGCACACUUUCCUUAAAGUUUUCUCCCAAUGCAGACUUGUCUGGGCCCUCUGUGGUGUCAGUGGAGUGGGAUAGGUAACUUGGGUGGGCAACUUGGGGAGCUGGCCAUUCUCUUGUGGUAAAUGUUGAUGGCUCAAGGGGAUGGAUAUAAAACUUUCUAAAAUAAGCAGAUUAGAAUGAAGAUGUGUUACUGAGAUGGGUUGCUGUCAAAUUUGCUUUAUGAGAGGGGAAAUAUCUGUAGUAAACAUGAAUAAAGAGGAUGAAGAAGGCUCGA